CACUUCUCACUAGAUUAUAUUUGGUUCCAUAGCUCCAGAAAUCAGAAGAAAGAUGGGAAGCUUUCCACUUCCCUCGCCGUCGUCGUCUCUACUGAUUUCCAGCUCCUCUUCCAUUUCGGGAAGACCAUCAUCCACAAUUUUUUAUCCUCGCAGGCGCUUUAGAAAGGCGCAAGCACUCUCCGUUUCCUGCGAUUACUCUUGUUUCGAAGACGUGUCUUAUCGACCUCCAGGGACCAAGAUCAACCUAUUGAGUCAAGUCAAUCUUUCAAUUCCUGAGAAAAGUUUUGGCUUGAUAUUUGGACGAAGUGGCAGUGGAAAAACUACUUUAUUGCAGCUGCUUGCAGGGUUAAGCAAACCAACGUCAGGUUCCAUAUAUGUGCAGCGAUAUAGUGAUGAUGGUGAAAAGAUGAAGUCUCCUGAACCUUUACAACCCGAAAGAGUUGGCAUUGUUUUCCAGUUUCCUGAGAGAUACUUUGUUGCUGACACAGUUCUUGAUGAAGUUACAUUUGGGUGGCCAAGACAAAAGGGUGGCCUCCAAUUAAGAGAGCUUCUUGCAUCGAGACUUCAAAAGGCCAUUACCUCGGUACAUAUUCCUUUAGUGCGAUUUAAACUGUCUUUUAAAUUUGUCUUCCAAAGGAGAAAAGCUCGUCCGCGUUUCAGCAAAUUAUGA